AUGGAGCCCGGCAUGCCCAACCCAUUUUUCUUCAGUCCCGGUGGUCCGUCAUGCGAGGGAGCCGGCCCCUCGGAUAACUCCCACCAUGGAGCUCAUCCAAAGAUCUGGCUUUUCAUAAACCUCCCGUCGAACGCCUUCGGUGCAGAAGCUCCUGAUGCCAUGAUGCAUCAGGCAAUGGAGGCUCGCCUCAAGACGGAACCAGACGCCCAGGUACAGAAUGUCAUGACGGACCUAGUGAAGGAGGUCCGGCGCCAGGCUGAGAUCUUGGCCCAGCCCGAGUUCGUAUUCGUUGAUUCGAGAGAUUGUGAUGCCUGCGGCAAGAGGUGCCCGGAAGAGAGCUUCUGGUUUGGUAGUUAUCGAGCUGAGAUAUGCAAAGCGUGCGUGACGCGCAUCACGGAGGAUGAGCACAACCUGAAGAGUGACCCAGUCACGCGACUUGCCAAGGAUAUUGAGGAACACCUCACACAUGCAGCAUACCCAGCGGCCGAGAAACUGGCAGAUAAGUUGCAGACAGAGACGGACCGGCUCUUGAAGCUGCAGAAGUCGGAUGCUGUGGCCCUCACCAAGACGCUUGGUGGGCUUCAUAAACCGCACGCCAGGGCGAACAAGGCCCUCAAGGCAGCCUACCAGUUGACCAAGAAGCGCGUCACGGAGCUGGACAUGCACAAUCAAGGCCUGUGCCUGGAGAACGCCACCCUGCGAGACGACGUGGAGAGGCUGCAGAAGGGCUUCGACCGUCUCAAACAGGACAACGAAAAGCGCAAGCUAGUUCUCGUAGCCCAAGAGCAAGCCAUUGCCAAGCUACAUGAGUUCAAUGCCAGCCUGUUGCAAAAGCACGACGCGAUCCAUGACGAGAUUGUGUCACUCCGUAAAGACGCCGGGGGCGUCGAGGCGGCGCACGCUAAGCUCAAGGAGGACCGGGCCCAGCUGGAGAAGAAGCACAGGGAGUGUUACCUGCAGCUUAAGGAGAAGCUCAAAGAAGACCAUGCCGAGAUCCAAGAGAAGUUCAAGGAGAUGGUCACAGAGAAGGCCAAGGAGGGCUUUAGGGAGGAGUUUCAGAAGGAGCACGAUCAGUUUGAGGAGUGCACCAAUUCACGAAUCAAAGAGCUCGAUGAUUCCCUUGAGCAGCUCGCUAAACAGCUCAAGGAGGAGACUGAUCAAUUUAGGGCAGUGAAGCAGGAACUGGAGGGUGAGAGGGCCAGAAACUGCCAUAUGAAAAAGGUGCUGGACGACAUGAAAGAUCUUCUUAAGACUGUCGAGUAA